GCUGGGUUCACCUGUACCUGCGGCCUAAAAUCAGGCUGAUUUGUGACGUAGUCUUUAUAAAGGUGAAACAGUAAGCUCACCUCAGUGACGUCACUCCACAGGAGAGUUGUUGGGCUGUCUAUGGUUGAGCUAACGCAGCUAGCCUGUUUCUGUUUGUUAGCCUGUGUUAGCACAGAGGCUAACCCCCGACAUUCAGGCCGGGUUAUUAUGACCUUUGACCUGCAGUCAGGUGUGAACGGUGUGACCUCUCACCUGUGUCCGCGUGAAGCUCCUCAGGAGGUCUCUGACCGCAGAUCCGGCGGGAAACUCCGCGACGGAGAACCUGGAACUCUGAGAGCUAACAAACACCUCCAUGUUAGCUUCUUCUGACCCACUGUCUACUGCGCAGGCGCAGGUCUUCUCCACUUAUCCUCCAGAUAGAACGCGACUACGUCACCGCAGCAGGGCGCUGUGAGCGCGUCACUCACCGGAAGUGAAAGCUGAACUCUUCUUCGUUGGUUAGAGUGGAGCAACAUGGCGACCUUGUGUAAGGUUGGUUCUGGGCUCAGGUGUGGAGUCCGGCUCACCUCCGUCCGCUUCAGCAGGACCUCCUUCAGCUCGGACUCCAGCGGGGAGUCCGGCAGAGACCAGGCCGCCCCGGAGAGACCCCGGUCCGGCUUCGCUGCCGCCUUCGAGCUGCAGUCGGAGCUCCGGCGGGAGUCUGAGAGCUCCUCUGCGGGCAGCAGGACCUCCUCCCCCGGGGAGGACGAGAGCUUCGCCUCGCUGCUCCGCCGGUCCCCUCUGAUCCAGAUGGGUCCGGCUAAAGACAAGGUGGUGGUCGGGAGGAUCUUCCACGUGGUCCAGGACGACCUGUACGUGGACUUUGGGGGAAAGUUCCACUGUGUGUGUCGGAGACCGGCCGAUGGAGAGAAGCUGCAGCGGGGCAGCAGGGUCCGUCUGAGGCUGCAGGACCUGGAGCUCACUGCCCGGUUCCUGGGAGCCUCCACGGACACCACGCUGCUGGAGGCCCAGGCCGUGCUGCUGGGUCCACUGGAGGGCAGGGAGGCCCGGGAGCCCCAGAACCAGGACUGACAGGGACCGGGUCAGACCUUCAGAGGUUAAAUGAGACGUUCAAGGGGUCUGGACUUGGACUCAGACUGAAGGAUGGACCUGGUCUCAGACUGAAGGAUGGACCUGGUCUCAGACUGAAGGGUUGACCUGGUCUCAGACUGCAGGAUGGACCUGGUCUCAGACUGCAGGAUGGACCUGGUCUCAGACUGAAGGGUGGACCUGGACUCAGACUGAAGGGUGGACCUGAACGUGUCUGUAAACCUUGAAGCAGACUCUGUGUUUCAGACUGAGUGUGUGUAUCUGAUGUAAAUAAUGAAGAGCAGAUAUCAGUGUGAUAAUAAAACAUGUAACUCUCUCUGUGA